AUGUUCCGCCGACACUGGUCGGGACUCCCUAAGGAUGUCUCCUUUCCAAAAGACCUCGCUGGCCUUGGAUAUUUCGUCAACGACCAGGAUGAGGUUCGUUUAAUCAAAGACCCGGAUUACUACUUCAAGUUCCACAUCAACAAGAACUCUCGGGUCAACGACCGCCAGAGGUUCCAGCUUCAGCGUGCCAUGGAAGAUUUCAUCCAUGAGCGGCUUGAGAAAGAGGGUCUCAAGAAGUUCCAACUCUUACCCGAAAACAAGAAACAUUGUCCCAUCUUCUUCAGCCCCAGCAUUGCGACAACCGAACGCAUCGUCGUCAUUUUUGGCGAACCUCAGCAAGAUCUAGGUUUUAUCGCCGGUCGCGUAGCCAACGGGCCUGGUGGUUUGGUCAAGGGCAGUAUGAUCUCUGUCGUGCAAGCACUCACCAAGCAGCCUGCCUCCCCCAACGAUCCUGAGCCUCCAUGCGUGUUGCUUGCUAACAUGGGCCAGAGGUACUGGUGGCCCGACGAACAGCGCGCUAUCACUAUUGAAGAUUCCGCGGAUAUCCCUCUUCCUAGUCUGGUGCAUUCCGGACGGCAUUACAGCCAGGAGUUGAACGAGAUUCCUGGAAGUGAGACUACUAUUGCGCACAUGACGACUAUCUUCAACAAAGUCCUCGAUGAGAACAAGAAUGCCAACAUCGACAUUAUCGCCAUUGGACAAAGUUGCGAGGUAGUCCUGGAGUUCUUCAAGAACACCAAGAACUGGGCUCAAUGGGGUCAUCGUUUGAGUGGCAUGCUUCUCAUGGGGACCGUGUUCCGUGCAGACUCGCUUGCCAAUGCGGAGUUCAAAGACUUUCUGGCCAAGCGUGCCCGUGCCUAUCUCAUGUCUGACGAACCACUCGACACCCCCCUGGCCAUGCCCGGUGGUAAUCCAUCACUCAUGAUCGACCCUCUUGGUUGCCCCUGUUUCUCUAGCGGAGAUAGCCAGUACACUGAGAUGAUACUCAUCAAAGCACUUGAGCCAGCUCUUGCUUAUCUGCAGGAGAUUGCCCUGACACCCGGCUUUACGAAUCCGGACAUGGCUGUUGCAGAACGUCCUGCAACUGACAUCACCGACGAGCAGUGGAAUGAGCUCCCCGAUGAGGUCAGACCCGAGGUCCGUACUAUAGACACUGAAUGGAUGGAGGAGGAGGUCAAAGCACUUCGACGUUGGAAGUACUUCGAGAAGCAUGGCGUUGCACCCCCUGAAGAAGACGAUGAUGAUGAUGAUGAGGAUUGA